CUAGCGUGCCACCUCUAGAAAAGCAAGCAACGAAAAGAAGCCGCGCUGGAAAAUCGUUUGUCGACAAUAAACGCAAAAUCCCACUGAAAACCAUAAUAAAAAGACUUUUAACUGCAUUUAUCAAGAAAUACGUAUAAUUUGCAAUGGCCCUUGUAAAACCAAAAUCAGAACUGACGCCGGAGGAGCUGGCUCGCCAGGAGGAGGAGGAGUUCAACACCGGUCCGCUGUCCGUGCUAACGCAAUCCGUGAAGAACAAUACCCAAGUGCUCAUCAACUGCCGCAACAACAAGAAGCUCCUGGGCAGGGUUAAAGCCUUUGAUCGCCACUGCAACAUGGUCCUGGAAAACGUCAAGGAAAUGUGGACGGAGCUGCCGCGCACCGGAAAGGGCAAGAAGAAGGUGAAGCCCGUGAACAAGGACCGCUUCAUAUCGAAGAUGUUCCUGCGCGGCGACUCGGUGAUCCUGGUACUCAGGAAUCCCCUGGCCACUGCGGCCGGAAAAUAGUCUACUAUAGCGAUAGCAUAGAGUAACCAAUAAUCACCAUCCACACUCAAUAAAUCCGAAAACCGA